ACUACUAUAGGGAAUUCUCUGGAGUAAGAACCAUGCAUUCGUUAAUCUUGCUGUGUUUUGCCCUGGUCGCCGCGGUCUACGCUGAUGAUGUUAAAUUUAAGGACUGCGGUUCCAAGGCGGGUACGAUCGUAAGCGUAGACAUCACACCAUGCCCACAAUUUCCGUGCGCCCUCAAACGUGGGACCAACGCCACAACAACAGUAGUCUUCACCUCAAAGACCCAGAGUGAGACGGCUACCGCUAAGGUGUACGGGGUUAUCGCAAACGUACCGGUCCCCUUCCCUGUUCCCAACAGUGACGGAUGCAAGACCGGGGUGACGUGCCCAGUGGAAAAUGGCGUCAAGUACACGUACAAAAAUAGCAUUUUUGUGAGCAAGCUCUACCCAAAGGUGCAAGUGGUCGUGGAGUGGUCCCUCGUCGACGACAAGGGUGAAAAUAUAUUCUGCUUUGCGGUUCCAGCUCAAGUUAGUUAGUCAAUUAUGCGUUUUUAGUUGUAUAUCACCAUGACUUUAUUCAUGAUUUCACUCUGGUCAAGAACAGGAAUCGAUUUUUGCAUUGGUGUUAUGAAAGGACGACUGUCUCCAGGCAGUGCUACGGGUCAUCUGUGGUAAAUCUAUGAAUGGUGCAGGCCAUAUGAAUCGUCCGAUUUCUCUUUUUGUCUCCAUAUGCUCA